AUGAUGAAAGGUUAUAUUGAAAAUAAUCAAGCAACUAAAGCAAUUCAUCUUUUUCAUAAAAUAAAGGAUCCUAAUUAUGUUAUUUUUAUUCUUCUAUUUAAUUCUUGUGCUCAAUUGGGAUCGGAUGAAGGAUUAAAUUUAACAAAAAAAGUUUCCAAAACUAUUCCGAAAUCAUUUUAUUCAAAUGUUCGUCUUUUAACUUCUAUAUUAGAUGCAUUAGUGAAAUGUAAUGAUUUAAGAUAUGCUCAAUCAUUUUUCGAUGCAUCAAUAAAGAAUGGUGUUGGAAUGUAUGCAGUUAUGAUGAAUGGAUAUAAUAAAGAAAAUAAUCCAUUAAAAACAUUGAAUUUAUUUUAUCAAAUGAAAGAUAAAAAUCAUUCAAUCAUUUAUCUUCAUGUUAUUAAAGCAUUAUCACUAAUUGGUGAUUAUAAAUUAUCUCAAUCGAUCAUUGAACAAAUUCCAAAUGAUCUUCUUAAUGAUAAUCAAAUUCAAACUGUAUUAAUUGAUAUGUGGGGUAAAAGUGGAUCUAUCGAUAAAGUAAAAGAAAUUUUCGACAAAAUAUCUCAACCAGAUCAAUAUCAAUAUGCAUCAGUCAUUAAUGCUUAUGGUUUAAAUGGAAUGGGUAUUCAAGCAAUCGACAUCUAUCGUCAAAUAUCAUUAGAUUUAAUUGAUGCAAUAACUCAUACUUGCAUUUUAAAUGCAUGUUCACAUUCUGGACUUGUUCAAGAAGCUCGUUCAAUAUUUGAAAACAUUCAAAUAAAAACAGUUUCAAUUUAUACUACAAUGAUUGAUUGUCUUAGUCGUGCAUCACUUUUUCAAGAAGCACAAAAUUUACAAGAAGAAUAUGAACGUUCUCAUCCACCAUCAUUACCUAUGUAUAUGGCAUUACUAUCAGGUGCAAGAAAUCGAAUGAAUGCUAAUUUAGCACAACAAAUUUAUGAUCGAAUGAAUAAAGUUUUUCCUCAGUCAGAUGAUUCAUUAGUCUCAGCUGCAACUCUUCUUGCAAAUGUUUAUGGAUCCAUAGGUGAUAUUGAUAAAGCAUCAGAUAUUAGAAUUCAAUUGACUAAAUCAGGUGCAAAGAAGAAAAGUGGUCUUUCAUGGACUGUUGUCGAUGGACAAGUCUAUCAAUUUCGAGCUCAUGGUGUUAAUCAUCCUCGAUCCAAAGAAAUUCAUGCUGAAGCUGAGAAAAUCUCUGCCGAACUUGUUGAACAUGGUCAUCAACAUGAUUCAAAUCGAGCAACAAAAUUAAUCGCUACUAUUCGUCAAUGUGAAAUAAUUGUUCGUGAUGCAAAUCGAAUACAUCAUUUUUAUAAAAAUGGACAGUGCUCAUGUAAUGGUUAUUUCUAA